UCACACCACACAUUCACACACACAUACAACUCUCAUUUUCAUACCUAUAAAUAAAGUAAACUAACAGUCUCGACUCAAUAACGUGUUCAUCGAGAUGGAUCAGUGGUACGGUAAACUGAGUGUAGUGACCGGCGCCAGUUCCGGAAUUGGGGAGUCCAUCACCACAGCUUUGUUAAAAAAUGGUGUCAACGUGGUGGGAUUAGCUAGAAGAUUGGAGAACAUGAGAGAAUUGAAGGAACGUAUGAAAGAUGCGAAGGGGACUUUUUAUCCGGUUCAAUGUGACCUCAGCAGAGAGCAGGAUAUUCUGAAUGCAUUUAAAAUAGUCGAAAAGCUUGGAGGCCCGGAUAUUUUAGUCAACAAUGCUGCGUUGCUCUACAGCGGACCUAUUUCAGACGCCGCUACGAAUGAAAUGAAGAUGAUUCUAGACGUAAACGUGUUGGCCGUGGCCAUGUGUUCACGAGAAGCAAUAAAAUCAUUGAAAGAACGAGGAGCACAAGGACAUAUCGUUAACAUAAAUAGGUGCUGCUUUUUACGAUAGAAGUCUUAUGUAAUAUCGUUAAAUAUGUAAGAUCGUUGUACAACAUUUUAUCGUAUUUCUAAUUAU